ACCUCAGAGUCUCAGCACCAAUGGCGGAAAUUAAUAUUGCCGGCGCGAUUGCAAUCGUGCUCUUUUAUCUGGUAAUUCUUGGCAUUGGCCUGUGGGCUGUUCGUGGUAGGCGAAGAGACAAUGAGGAAGAGGCAAUGUUGGCAGGGAGAAGUCUAGGAUUGGUAAUAGGGACUCUCACUUUGACAGCAACAUGGGUCGGCGGAGGAUACAUCAAUGGUACAGCCGAGGUGCUUUAUGAUAAAAGCCUGGGACUAGUCUGGGCCCAGGCUCCUUGGUGCUAUGCUAUCAGCCUGGGGCUUGGUGGACUUCUGUUUGCAAAAGUCAUGCGAGAAAGAAAGUACGUUACCAUGAUUGACCCUGUUCAAGAGAAGUAUGGUGCGAUAAUGGGUGGGUUGUUAUACAUACCCGCCCUGCUGGGAGAGAUAUUUUGGUCUGGCGCCAUCUUGUCAGCUCUUGGUGCCACUGUGAGUGUUGUUAUUGGCUUGGAUCGCUUUACCUCCGUUAUUGUGUCUUCGUGUAUCGCCAUUUUCUAUACUCUUAUUGGCGGACUUUACUCAGUGGUUUAUACUGAUGUGAUUCAACUCUUCUGCAUCUUUAUCGGAUUGUGGCUCAGUAUUCCUUUCGCCAUGACACACAAAGCAGUGAGUAGCAUAUCUGAAGAUUCUGGGAAAUGGCUUGGAGAGAUUCCUACUGACCAGAUCGGAGUGUGGUUGGAUUAUGCGCUGUUACUGAUAUGGGGCGGCCUUCCAUGGCAAAUUUACUUUCAGCGCGCCUUGUCGUGCAAAUCACCAUCUACGUCUAGAACAGUCUCUUACACCGCUUCCAUUGGAUGUCUGCUUAUGGCCAUCCCUGCAGUGCUUAUCGGGGCCAUUGGUGCCUCGACAGAUUGGACCCAAACGUCAUAUAGACCAUUUGAGGGUGUUACCACCAACCAAACAGCCUCUGUAGAGCUUGAUAAAACAUUGAUCCUUCCCAUGGUGCUUCAGUACCUCACACCACCUGUUGUCUCAUUCAUUGGUCUGGGUGCUGUGUCUGCUGCAGUCAUGUCUUCUACCGAUUCCAGUUUCCUAUCUGUUAGCACCAUCCUGGCUCAUAACAUAUACAGGCCCAUCUUCAGAAAAAAGGCGUCUGAGAAGGAAGUCGUGUGGGCCAUGCGAGUCGCUGUCGUAAUAGUUGGCGCAGCUGCUACUGGAAUGGCUCUGUCAGUUGAAUCCAUCUACGCCUUGUUUCAUCUGUGCAGUGACCUGAUCUAUGUGGUCCUGUUUCCUCCGUGGUGUUUAUGUUUCUUUUGGAAAGACGUCAACACUUACGGCUCCGUUGUGGGUUACAUAGUAGGGCUCCUGCUACGCGUGGGGGGAGGGGAAGACAAAAUUGGUUUCCCCGCCUUCAUUAAAUACCCGUUUUAUGAUGAGGUUAAGGGUCAGUUGUUUCCAUUCCGCACGUUCGCUAUGAUCGUUACUUUUGUCAUUCUCAUUGUGGUGUCUUCUUUAACAAAAUACUUGUUUGAAGGGGACAUUAUACCCCUGAAGUAUGAUUUCUUGAACGAGUUCAAAACUUGCAACAUAGGAAAAGCGAAUGAAACAGGUCAUAGGCCAAUCGAGGGUAAAUACGUUAUGAAGGAGCGUGGAAAUUCUGAAAUAUGACGAAAUUUUACCUGUGUGUUGUUGUACCCUCUUUGUGCCUUUUUCAUCUUUUAUAAAAUACUUUAAGAUUUUUGGAUCCAAAAUUUUGGAGGACGCAGGGUGUGGUUACACUCUCUUUUGCUUUGUGUUAUGUUUCUUUUAAUUAUAUGCGGCGUAUAGUAUACUAUAAAUAGUACUAUAUACUAUUUACUUCCUUAAAGCACUAUGUACUAUUACCCUUUGUAAUUCAAGUGAUUCAGCUUUUCUUUGACAGGAGUGACUCUUUAUUAAUCAAAUUUAGUAUCCAGAAUCUUUGAUUGGGUAUAGGUCAUCGUUUUUCAACAAGACUCUUUUAUCAAGUUUCAUACCCGUGUAUUUAGUGUCAGAAAAUAAUUAUGGAAUCAAGGUAGUUUAUUUUCAACAUGGAAGCUUCACAGAGUGAUUCUUUUAAUGUGUUGUUUUCUUGAGAGUUUAUCGCUGCGACAUAAAUAAAGCUUUAUAUGAUUUCAGAUAGAGCUUGUUCAUUUCAUUCGAUUAAAAACUUAGAAAGGUUUUUUUAUAUAUUAGACAUAACAAAAAGUGUGGUUUUCAUUCAUGAAAAAUUUUAUUCGCAUUUAUUUACAGCAGGUUAAGUAACUUACUCGAACGUUAUGGAUAACACUAGUAUCAGAGUAUUAUCAUUACCCAGCAUGUGUAUUGAUUUAAUUCGAUUUUUCAGACGUUGAAACCGGAAUGGAAAUCGAGGUCCUGACGUCCUCUGCGCAAUCAAUAAAUAUAAUUCUUCUCUGUUUA